UUUUUUUUUUUUUUUUUUUUUCCCAAGCAGACAUUUAAAUUUGAAAAUGGGUGACAAGAAGCGCAAGCUCGCUGAGGAGGCUACCUCCCCCGAGGUGAAGAAGGCCAAGCGCGAGGAUAAGAAGGAGAAGAAGGAGAAGCGCAAGGCUAAGGAGGUUGUGGAGGAUGUGAAGGUGGAGGCGGAGGUGGUGGAGAAGAAGGAGAAGAAGGACAAGAAGGAGAAGAAGGAAAAGAAGGAGAAGAAGGAUAAGGAGGAGAAGAAGGACAAGAAGGACAAGAAGGAAAAGAAGGAAAAGAAAGACAAGAAGGAAAAGUCGACAGACUCUUCAGAGCCCGCCGCCGACGCCAUGGAGGUGGACGAAGCCCCCGUUGAGAAGGAGGUAACGAAGGAGGAGGAGCAGAAGAAGGACAAGAAGGAGAAGAAGGACAAGAAGGAAAAGAAGGACAAGAAAGAGAAGAAGGACAAGAAAGAGAAGAAGGACAAGAAGACAGACGCUCCCGCCCAACCCACUGAUACCCCCGCCGAGGAGCCUGCGCAAGAAGAGGGCGACGAGAGCAAGAAGGGAAGCCGGUUCAUCUGCUUCGUCGGCAACCUCCCCUACUCCGCGACGCGCGAAUCCCUGGAGAAGCACUUCGAGAAGAUCCCGCCGGUGUCCGUGCGGGUGGCCACGCAAAUAGACAAGCCGACCAAGUGCCGCGGGUUCGGAUUCAUCGAGUUCGACAACUACGACCGCAUGAAGACCUGUCUGAAGCUGUACCACCACUCAAUGUUCGACGACGGGAAGUACCCGCCUCGUCGGAUGAACGUGGAAUUGACGGCCGGCGGCGGCGGGAAAUCCGAACACCGGAAAGCCAAGAUCGAAGCCAAGAACAUCAAGCUGACGGAGGAGAGACAACGGAAUGCCAAGGCGAUUCAGAAGGAGAAGGAGCGGAGAGAGCGCGAGGAGGAGGGCGGCCAGGGUGACUUUGCUCAUGUUCACCCCAGUCGCAUGGGCCGCAUGGCCUAGUUUGUUUGUUAUAUGUGAAUAUUCUACGAUUUGGCUGGGUUAGAAAAGUUGGGUGCUUGUUUGCUUAGAGAUAUCCUUUCCGUUUCUCUUGUUCUGAUGUGUAUACGUGGAUGAGUCAGGCAGGGAUAUAGAUCUGGGACGAUGACACUGCAUGUCGCCGGUAGCAGGCUGGCAGCGAGCAAAGCGUGCGUUACUUUCGUGGUAGUACAUAUCUCUACACCAUACAAUGGACCUGCUCAUG